AGUGCUUCAGCGCGUAAUGGAGACGUGCACGCGCACCUCGCCAGAGUAUCACGAUCAGAUGACAUUAACACGUGCUGUCAUAUCGAGCUGGCUCCAGGUCAAAAUUAACUCAGGAUUACCUCAAUGACCAAGAAGCACAACCGACGGACGCAUUCUCAACUGCAGAAGAUUUCCGCGUGAAACGAAAAAGUGGAACCUAUAAAAACAAUAAAAGAAAGAAAACGUCAUCUAAAUCUAAAAGCAAAAUGAGAUGUAAAGGAGUGUUUCUGGUGGCGGUACUGAGUGCUUUAACAGCUUAUUAUGUUUAUUUACCUAUACCAAAUAACAUAGAGGAGAGAUGGAAACUCAUGCUCACGGACUCUUUCUUUAGAAGUUUGAGCCACUUGGCAGAACUUAGUGAACUGUUGGGACUUUUUGACUACAUGAGAGUCAUGAUGCUCGUCACCUUUGCGGAGCGAGUGGUGCCAGUGUCAGAUGAAAGGGUGAAAGUGGUGGAUGAGAGUUUUGAAGGAGUGGAUGUCAUCGUGUAUCAGCCUACACAGAAUGAAGAUACAGGAGAACUAAGACGAGCUGUUAUUUACCUGCAUGGAGGAGGAUGGUGUCUGGGCAGCUCACGCAUGAGCCCUUAUGAUCUUCUAGCCAGGCACAUGGUCACAGAACUCAAUGCUGUUGUUGUAUCUGUAGAGUACCGCCUAGCACCAGCUCAUCAUUUUCCUGUGCCGUUUGAGGAUGUGUACCAUGUGGUGAAGUACUUCCUUCAUGUUGACGUUCUGAAGAGCUACCGUAUCAAUCCAGAGCGAAUUGCUGUGUCUGGGGACAGUGCAGGAGGAAACCUCGCAGCUGCAGUCACCCAACAGUUGCAGCAGGACCCAAGAAAUAACAUCAAUCUAAAGGUCCAGGCUUUAAUCUACCCUGUCCUGCAAGCCUUGGAUCUCAACACCCCCUCUUAUCAGCAGAACCAGCACAUGCCUAUAUUACCCCGCACUCUUAUGGUUCGGUUCUGGAGCGAGUACUUCACCAGCGAUAAGUCAUUUUUAAGAGCCAUGAUGACAAACACACACAAUAACCCUGAAUCAGCUGCUCUGCUUAAAUUCGUUAACUGGAGUUCAUACUUACCCGAAUCUUACCGCCAGACUUACAAUUACAGCGCUCCACCUGUGGUCAUUAAAAUCAAUCCAGCGCAUGAUGAUCCAGUCGGUUCCUGUCAAUGGCUGGCGGAUCCACGGGCAUCCCCGCUGCUGGUACCUGACACAACGUUACGUUUACUUCCCAAGACGUAUGUGGUGACGUGUGAGUAUGACGUACUGCGGGACGAUGGUUUAAUGUAUGUCACGCGUCUGCGUAACGUUGGAGUUGACGUGACACAUGAACAUUACCCAGCUGGAUUUCACGGUGCACUUAUGUUCAGUGUGUGGCCCACAGACUUUAAGAUUGGACGCAGGAUGAUAGACAACUACGUUACGUGGCUCAAACACAAUUUAUAACACGUCGAAUGCAACAGUGCUUUAUGCAUCAGUUUUUUUGAUUGCUUCACAUGAUAUUUCUUUUUGACUUAUUUAUUUCAUUUCUUUCCUCUAUUGUUUACAGUGCACCACUCUUUUUUAUCCUAAAAGCUCACACUUUUUAUUGUAUUAAUCCAUUAUGAUAUAAGCAUUCCUGACCAAAACUGGUCUCAAGAAACACUGGUCUUUUUUACAUUGUUUUUUAAUGAAUAUGCAGUAGAUUGUAAGACAAGUCCCUGGUUAUUAGAAUUGUAAAUACUCAACCCCAUGUCAUCCAAGGUGUUUCUUUGUUCAGUCGAGAAGAAAUUACAUUUUUUGAGGAAAACAUUUCAGGAUUUAUCUCCAUAUAAUGAACUUUAGUGGACCUCAACAGUUUACAGUUUCAAUGCAGCUUCAAAGGGCUCUAAAUGAUCCCAACCGAGACAUAAGGGUCUUUUUUAAAACAAAAAAAGUACCACAACUUUUCUUCUUCAAAAGCUGUGUGACGCGCCAGCAUGACCUUACUAAAAAAAGUAAUGCGCUACAUAUGCGAAACCACGGCUCAAGUGUGGAGAAAAAGGACCAUUCAGACAUUUUUGUAUGUGGAAUGAUACUAAUUAAUGUCUUUGUGUCAGUUUAUUGUUUUAAAUGGUCUGCAAAUGUAGGUUUCACAUAUGUAACACGUGACCUUUCAACGUUAUUAUGUAACACGUAAGGUCGCGCUGACUCAUCACACGGCUUGUGCAAGACAAGAAGUUGUGGUUUAAAAGUAAUUUUUUUGUGAAAAUGACAAUCUUUUCGAUAGAUAAGACCCUCAUCCCUUGGUUGUGAUCUUUUAAAGCCCUUUGAAGCUGCAUUGAAAACUGUAAACUGUUGAGGUCCACUAAAGUUCUCUAUAUGGAGAAAAAAUCUGGAAUCUUGGAUGACAUGGGGGUGAGAAAAUUAUCUGGAUUUUUUUAUGAAAGUGGAAAAAUCCUUUAAAAAUAAAGAUGCUUCAUAAAGGUGAUGCCAUAGAAGAAUGGUUGGGCAAAAUGUUUCCAUGAAGAACCUUCAACAUUAGAUGAACCUUUCUUCAAAAAUGUUUUCUUCUGUGGCAUCCCUAUGACCUUUAUUUUUAAGAGUGUAUGAGGCUAUGAUAAAAAUGUAUAAAUGCACUGAUAAUAAUCAAAUAAUUUGGGAUAAUUUUCUAUUGUAUGCCAUUGCCUGUAUAGUCUGGGGUUUGACUAGACCUUGUGGAUUAGGUAUAACCCAUCAUAAGAAAAUGUGACCUUAUCCCAAAUUCUUUUGAUUGCUUUUUGGGAUUAUAAGCGUAGUGUGACUGAGAUGAAAUGUUCAAUUUUUGUAUGUAAUCAUUGAACUGAAAUGAACCAGACUGUAGAGAUUAAAUCUAUGGCCUGAACAUCAAAAUGCUUUAUACAUUUGUUUCCGUGUUUGGCUUGAAAUUAUUAUUUGCCUUUACAAAGCAUAACUUUGGAGAAUAUGACACAUAUUGAUAUAUGACGACCAUUUUUGGCCAACAACAGAAACCCUGAACCCAAAUCCCAGAGAACACACAUCAUUUUAAAAUGUAUACAUUGUAAUGCACUGCAGGUCACUUUGGAUAAAAGCGUCUGCAGAUGCAUGAAUGUCAAAAAGCCAAAUAACAGACAAUGUGUCCCGGUUUCACAAUAAAAGUACAAAAACUCAAAUUGCCCAACACAUCUUAACUGCAAACCUACAAUUUACAGUUGCAGUCCAAAGUUAUUAUAUAAAUUGCUUGUAGUGUAUUUGUUUUUUUGUAUUUUAAUACAGUAUAUGUUUUAAUAGAUGGUUAAUAAUAACUUAAUUUGAUAAAACAACCUUGUUCAAAAGUUGACAUACACUUGAUGUUUAAUACUGUGAUAUGUAAACCUGAAUAACCAACAAUGAUGUUUUGAUGUUUUCUGAAAGUUGUUCGUAAGUCUCUUUUUAGUCCUGAGAUGCUAAAGUGCUCCAGAAUGUC